AGUGGAUCUGUGCAUCAGCUACAGUGGAGGAGAAGCAGCAGAGAGGUACCCAGUAUGCUGGAAGCCUGCACAGGGAAGGUAUGAGAACUGAAGUCUGGAUUAGAGAGAAGGGAAUAGGCAACUGUGUAGCCAGGCAGCAGCAGCAUGCAGACUUCUAGGGUAGGUUAUUGCCAGUGCUUUCCUAUCGCCCAGGUGCCUAGUAUGUGCUGUUCGGUGGAAGAAAAGCAUAUAGCCAGUCCAUUCUCCCCAAGAAGCUGAGAUGGAUAUAGGCAUAAGCACCGGGGAGGCGAAACAUGGGGACUCAAAUCUAUGUAUGCACUUAAAUAGAAAGAGCAACGAGAGCCUGAGCUUUGCAGGUAGGCUCCUUCUUGCAUGUGAAACUAGGAGCUAAUCUGCCAGCAGUUGGGCAGAGGAAUGAACAGGACCAGCCUUGAUUCCCCUCCGAUUGCAAGAUCCUCGCUCUCCUCCCUCCUGGCACAAGCUGAGGCCUACUGGUAGUAAGGUGGGUCUCCAAGCACUGGACAGGUGGGUAGCUCAAGGCAUAGUGGAUUGGUCUACCCCAUCCCAUGCAGGCUGUGAUGGAAGUCCAACAGCACCCGUCAAUAUACUCACACCAGGCGGACUCCUGUGCCCUGGCAAGCUCCAUGGCCGCUGGUCAGCCAACAGGUGCUGACAUUUGCCUGGGGGAAAGCCUGUCAUGAGAUGCAGCAAAAUGAGACCCUUCUCCAUCACAAGAACCAAUCCCAUGGUCCUCUUGCACUGCCAUGAUAUUCUAUCUAAAGAAGCACAAUCAAAAUGAGGUGCAAAAUGGCUGUGUUUAAUUAAGAACAUAAUGGCGUACAGAACUGAAUGGCAACGGGAGACAUAAGAGCCCUUUUCCUGCUCAGCUCUUAACACGGGCAAGAAUGUGAUUCCAGGGUUUGGGGUUCCUUCUUCUCCACGGCCACUGUUGAUUCUCUCUGAUCACUCCCUGGGGACCCAGAAUAGGAUGGGUGAUGGACUUGUGAAGGGAGGUGCUAUUCUCCAUGGAGCCUUCUCUCCCCACCCAGUGGGUGCGGAAUUCCACCAGGAUCAGGAGGCUGCUGCAGACAAGCCAGAGCUCUCUGCUCCUCAAUUCCAGCCUCGACACCAAGACCAGAGAUGUGGCCUCUGAGUCGGUGGGCCUCUUCUUCAUGCUCUUGAUUGACUUGACAGCCAUUGUAGGCAAUGUAGCCAUUAUGACGGUCAUCAUCAAGACACCUGCACUGAGGAAGUUCGUCUUUGUGUUCCACCUCUGCCUGGUGGAUCUCCUGGCUGCCGUCACCCUGAUGCCUCUGGCUAUGCUGUCCAGCUCAGCCUUCUUUGACGGCACGGCCUUUGGGGAUGCCAUAUGCCACAUCUACCUGUUCUUGAGCGUCUGCUUCAUCACCAUGUGCAUCCUCUCCAUCUCGGCCAUUAACGUUGAGCGCUACUACUAUGUGGUGCACCCCAUGCGCUAUGAGGUGAAAAUGACUGUGGGCCUGGUUGUCUGUGUCCUGGUUGGCGUCUGGAUCAAGGCUGUGGUCAUGUCCAUCAUCCCUAUCCUGGGCUGGCUCUCCCAAGACCGUGCCAGUAGUUCAGCAGCCUAUGGGGGACAAAGCUGCACCUUGCAGUGGAGUCGGAGUGCCUACUGCAAAUUCUUUGUGGCUUUCUUUGCUCUUUUCUACUUCCUCCUGCCUGUCCUCAUCAUUCUGGUUGUCUACUGCAGCAUGUUCAAAGUGGCCAGAGUGGCUGCCAUGCACCAUGGCCCACUCCCCACUUGGAUGGAGACCCCAAGGCAGCGGUCAGAAUCCCUUAGCAGUAGAUCCACUAUGGUGACUAGUUCAGGAGCCCCUCGGACUACCCCUCAGAGGACGUUUGGGGGUGGGAAAGCUGUCAUCAUCCUCCUGGCCGUGGGGGGCCAAUUCCUCUUCUGUUGGCUGCCAUACUUCUCCUUUCAUCUCUACUCUGUGCUGAGCUCCCAUUUCCCCGGCCGGCAGACAGAGAAUGUGGUUACUUGGAUUGGCUACUUUUCCUUCACCUCCAAUCCUUUCUUUUACGGGUGCCUCAAUCGACAGAUCCGAGGAGAGCUGAGCAAGCACCUCACCUGUUUCUUCAAGCAGCCACCGGAGGAAGACCUCAGGUUACCCAGCAGAGAAGGCUCCAUUGAGGAGAACUUCUUGCAGUUCCUACAAGGGACGGGUUGCAAUGCUGAGGCCAGAAACACUCUUACCCAUCCUAGCCCUAAAAGGGACCAGCCGACCAUUGAUUUCCGGAUCCCAGGUCAAAUUGCAGAAGAGACCUCGGAGUUCCUGGACCAGCACAUGAACAGUGACAUCACUGUAUCCGACAGCUACAUCAGGGCUGCACGUUCACCCAAACCUGAGUUGUAGCUCUUUUUGCACUUGACAAUCUAGUUUCAUUGGUGUGUGAAAUAAUGCAGAACAUAACAGCUGGUGAAGGGCGGGGGAGAUUGGGGGCACUUAAUAAAUACAACCAUGAAAUUUGGGAACUUCUCGCUCCAAGAAACAGCUCCUACUAGUAUCUCAGUCAUUUCAUUCCGUUUGAUGGUAACUGCUCUCCCCACUUGCAUUUCAACUCGUUCUUAAGGGUUGGAGUCAGAAGCAGCCUCAUGUUUCAAGACUUCCAGAAGUUUCCAUCUGUCUCGGGGAUGGAGAACCUGUGGUCCUCCAGAUGUUGCUGGACUACAACUCUCAGCAUCUCUGACCACUGGCCAUGCUGGCAAGGGCUGAUGGGAGUUGGAGUCCAGCAGCAUCCAUCCAUUCCCCCUGCCAGUUUACACAAGUUUAUUUGAUAGCUGCCACCUAGCAAUGUUAG